AUGUCUCGCCGACCACCUCGAAAAAUCCCUCUUCUCCGAUUGCCACGUCUCGCUUUGAUUGAAGUUGUCAAGUGUUGGAAUCCUAUUGAAAUAUACCUCUUUUCAAGAGUCUCUCGAAAAACUAAGGAAAUCUCGAAGUUGGUUAAAAUACCAUAUUUGGAACUAUAUCUGAGAGUAUUCGAAUGCUACCAAGUGAACCUUGGCGCAUCUUGCAGCUCAAGUAAACAUUGGUACUUCCUAUUGUAUCCAGGUCUCCGUAAUUACGAGAGAUACAGAACUGAAAGAAAUUUGGAUAUAUACUCAAAGAAUGCGGGAAAAUCGAUUGGAAAAUUGAUAGAUCAUUGUCUGGAAAUAUUCAAAUGUGAAUUUGGAGGGAUGCGUGUGAGUAUCGAUCCUAUUAUGAAAUCGAGUAAUCUCAAUGUAUUCAUGAAUUGGAUCAAUCAACACGAGAAAUUAACUAAGAUUCCAUACCUAUACGUAGGCAGCGAAGAAAAAGGCUAUCAAUUAUAUUUGAACUGGUUUAUGAAGAAUUUGAAGAAGGAUAUUGGAAUUUUGGAUUUAGGGCGAUGUCACUAUGUGUGGAAGGUGAAUAGAAAAGUGGACAAUCUGACUUUGUAUUCAAGAGAGAAACUCAUAGAUCUCGACCAUCUGAUUAGAAUGGACUGUGUCUAUAUGGAUGUAGGAGGGUCUCUGACAAAUCGAGAUUUAAAUGUAUUCAUGAAGAAUUGGAAGGAAAUGAAGGCUAACGAACGAAUGGGAUUUUAUUUAAUUCAUGUGAAAGAUAACUUGGAUUGGUCGAUCAUUUUAGAAGGAUUGGAUGGAGAGAUAAGAGAUGUUCGGACUGUUAGACGGGAAUAUACAUCCCCCUGGGAGCAAGUAUACAAAGUGAAUGGGGGAGUUGAUAUUACGAGAACCGAUGGAAAAGUUGCUACGAUUGGAAUGACAUUUCAUAUGAUAUUUGAAGAUGAACCAUUGUCUCGUGAAAUGAUAAGAGACUAUCAGAGAUUGAUUGAAGGUCAAAACAUGGAUGGACAAGAGAUGGAUAUGAACUUUGUGCAUGAUCCGGAAUAUAAACUAACUGCUGAACACCGGAAAGAAUUCUUCGUCAUGGUUAAGUGA